AUGUCGUCUUACGUUGCAAGUUCUUCAACCGGUGCCACACCUAAUCUUCAGGAAGUGAAACGACUUAAUGCCAAAGAUCUUAAUGGCUUUCUAAAAAAGAACUUAAGCGACAUUGAUAAUCACAUAGACACGUUAACAGCUGAAGAAGUCGAUGGAUCAGUCUUUUUUGAUUUAACGCACGAAGCUCUUAAAGCUUUUGGAGUAUCUCUUAAAGCUUCCACAAAAAUUGUAAAGUUAAUUAGAGACAUUCAAGGAGGAAUAGGAAGCUUGACAACUGGCAUCUCAAGACUUCAACUUCAAGAUCAGGGAUUAUGGAUCCGUUAUAAUGAUGAACGCGUUUCUUUACCAGAAAAUAUCUUGGAAGUAUUGAGAGUAUUUAAUGUGGGUGACCUUAUUCCAAUAAUAAAAGCGCAGUUGAAAAUAAAAGGAGAUAUCGCCAUUCGCAGUGGGAGCGAUAGCUUGGAGGAAAGUAAACUUGUCACUGAAUUAUUCAACACGGAAGAUAAUGCAUAUGAGAUUACAGUCGAAGGAAAUGAUAAUGAAGGUGAAGAGAAAGAAUAUGGGAGUAAUAUUGAAAAUAUUGAAACAAAUCGUAUUGAAGAUGCAUUCCAAAUUGGAUAUCAAGGCACAGUUCUGGAAACAUUCUACUCACGGCUAAAACAAUUUCAUAAUGAAUGGCACAAGCAGAUAAAACCAUAUGCCCCUUACUUAACAAUAAUUCAAAACUCCGGUUCCGGUAAAACACGACUCGUGGGGGAACUGAGAACAAAAGGGGUCUACGUCUUGUAUAUUUGUAAGCGUCAACAGAACAGUAGUGGAUAUCCUGCUUCAACACCAUAUGUUCAACAAAUUUUUGAAAAAAUUCGGGAUUACAAAUUUGGGUUACUUUUAUCUGAGGUGGUCAAAUUGAUUAAAAAUCAUAAUUGGAGCGAAGAACAGUUUUGGAACUUGCAGAUCAAAGCUGAACACGAAAAUAUUCGAACUCAAUUCUGGAAAAAUGUCUUAGAAUCAGUUGAAUCGUUAUCGCAACAAAGUAAUCUCUUGUCAAACAAGAAUUUUAUAAAGAGCUUAUUUGAUAAAAAUGAAGCGGAAAUCUUAGUCGUUUGUUGCAUUGAUGAAGCACACGAGUUGCUUGGAAAAAUGUCAACUACUAGUGAAGAGACCUUCUUUGUUCGCUGGAGAAGACAGAUUCGUAAUAUCAUGUGGAAUGGAUUCUUUAAUAUCCUCCUUAGUACAAAUGGAAAAAUUGGUAAUUUUCUUCCUCCAGAAAUUAGAGACACUCGCUCUGCCAGGAUGCAUCAAUAUUAUUUAUUUCCUGCGUAUCUUGAUGUCCAUACCAUAGAUGCAUUGGCAAGACUUGCACCAUCCGGAAAUUCCUAUCACCAAAGGACUUUAUAUCUAGGAAUUCCUUUAUGGGGAUCUCUUGCCCAAGCUGGAGUUGAUCUCACCAAUGUUCUACACUUGGCUUCGCAAAAGAUUCGUAAUUUUAGUAACAAGCAAAAGGAUCAUCUUGCUAAUCUUGCAUGUAUGUCCUGCUCCUUUGCUUUUGAAAUUUCCCCUCGAAUUGCAGAAGUAGAGAUGUUGAUAGCGUCUCAUAUGGCAACUGCUAUAGGCGUCUCGCCUGACCGCACAGAACUUCUUUGCACGUAUCCUUCUGAUCCCAUUCUUGCAUCUGGAGCAUUAAAAGGAAUUGUCGAAGUUGGUUUUGAAGAUUGUUUGGACACAUUGUUAGAACAGUUUAGUCGUGGAGUAGUUGAAGCAGGAGAGAGGGGGGAACUUGUCAGUCGCAUCUUAUUCUUAGAAGCAUAUAUUCGUGCCAUAGAAAUAAGUCAGGAAUCACCAAUUACAUACUUGGAGAAGGUUCCCUUGCCAUUAUUUUUGAAGACUCUCUGUAAAGGAAUGGAUGAGAAACUUGAUAACCUUCUUAUAAAGAUGGGAUUAGAUCAAGCGGAAAUCGGCUUUAACCAUUGGACAUCUCUGUUAGCUUCCAAUAAAAGUUACGUGAGAAAGGGGGGACAAAAGCAUUUAUCAGAAGUUCUUGUUAAAGAAGCAUAUCACAGGCACACUGCUAUUAAGAUGCCAAUAUUGUUUCCUGUUAUUGACCAUGUUAUUCCGUUCAAAUACCCUCAAGGCUAUGGUAUUAUUUCGAUUCAAAAUAAGAACGCAAAAACAACAAAAUACAAAGAUUCUGAUGUUCCUAUUUUAGUGAAUCCUGUGUCCGCCUUUGCUGAUAAUAAUUUUGAUGGUAUUAUUCUGGGUAUAUAUAUUGAUAUUGGUGCAGGUAAUUUUCCAAAGAUAAUGAUAAAGGAAAUAGAUAGCAUCAAAAGACGAAAUAGACCUGCUGUUUUCAAUAAGGCUAUCUAUAUUCAACAUAUCAAUUCAUUUAAUUGUAAAAAAGAAAUUAGAGAAAGAUUAUCGAAAGUACUUUUUACAUCUCCCUGGCCACUUGAUACUCGAUGGAGUAUGAUUAAUGAAGAGGAUCCAUUAGAUAGAGAGAAAGCAAUAAAAUCGUUUUUACCUCUUGUUUUUAAACAGGAACGAUCUCUAGCUAAUGAUUGGCAUUUGUGA